GCACCUGUCGCUACUCUCCUCAUUCGUCGGCACAAGAAGAAAGAGAGUCAGACAUCCCUCUUUCUAAUUUCUUCCCCUUUUUCACCUCUGCUUCUUCUCCAGUUUAGAUCUAUUCUUUUCCUCCUAUGGCAACGUAUUUUCUAUCGGAUUUCUCGUAGAAAAAGAAUUUGUAUAUCAAUAGAGAUGGUGAAGAUUUGCUGCAUUGGUGCUGGCUAUGUUGGUGGUCCAACUAUGGCUGUCAUUGCACUCAAGUGCCCUGAAAUCGAAGUUGCUGUUGUGGACAUUGCUGCCCCUCGGAUCAAUGCUUGGAACAGCGACCAGCUUCCCAUAUACGAACCUGGUUUGGAUGAUGUCGUGAAGCAAUGCAGAGGCAAAAACUUGUUUUUUUCCACUGAUGUGGAAAAGCAUGUUUCUGAAGCUGAUAUUGUCUUUGUUUCUGUGAAUACACCUACUAAAACGCAAGGCCUUGGGGCUGGUAAAGCUGCAGACUUGACCUAUUGGGAGAGUGCUGCCCGGAUGAUUGCUGAUGUUUCCAAAUCAAGCAAAAUUGUGGUUGAAAAAUCAACUGUGCCCGUUAAAACAGCUGAGGCUAUUGAGAAGAUCCUAACCCACAAUAGCAAAGGCAUCAAUUUCCAGAUCCUUUCCAAUCCUGAAUUUCUUGCUGAAGGAACUGCAAUUGAGGAUCUUUUCAAACCUGACAGAGUUCUUAUUGGUGGGCGGGAAACUCCUGAUGGUGCUAAGGCAGUCAAAGCACUGAAAGAUGUUUAUGCUCAUUGGGUUCCUGAAGACAGGAUAAUUUGCACCAAUCUUUGGUCAGCUGAGCUCUCCAAGCUUGCUGCUAACGCCUUCUUGGCUCAGAGGAUAUCCUCUGUAAAUGCUAUGUCUGCACUUUGUGAGGCUACUGGAGCAGAUGUGAGCGAAGUUUCUCAUGCUGUCGGUAAGGACACUAGAAUUGGACCCAAGUUCCUGAAUGCCAGUGUGGGGUUCGGUGGGUCUUGCUUUCAGAAGGAUAUUCUGAACUUGGUUUACAUCUGUGAGUGCAAUGGACUUCCUGAAGUGGCUCAUUACUGGAAGCAGGUUAUAUUGAUGAAUGACUAUCAGAAGACGCGUUUUGUUAACCGAGUUGUUGCUUCGAUGUUCAACACUGUAUCCAAUAAGAAGAUUGCAAUCCUUGGGUUUGCAUUCAAGAAAGAUACGGGUGAUACAAGAGAAACUCCUGCUAUCGAUGUUUGCAAAGGGCUAAUGGGGGACAAAGCUUAUUUGAGUGUAUAUGAUCCUCAGGUUUCAGAAGACCAGAUUACAAAGGAUCUUUCGAUGAACAAGUUUGAUUGGGAUCAUCCGGCUCCCCUUCAAUCUUCAAGCCCUACCGACAUCAAACAGCUUAGCUUUGCAGGGGAUGCUUAUGAAGCCACUAAGGAUGCUCAUGGUAUUUGCAUUCUCACAGAAUGGGAUGAAUUUAGAAACCUGGACUUCCAGAGAAUCUAUGACAACAUGCAGAAGCCUGCAUUCGUGUUUGAUGGGAGGAAUAUCGUGGAUGUCGAGAAGCUCAGGAACAUCGGUUUCAUUGUAUACUCCAUCGGUAAGCCCCUUGAUGCAUGGCUUAAGGAUAUGCCAGCUGUAGCAUAAAACAAAAUAAGCAAGAUACUAUACUUUGUUGUCCUUACUUUGAUAAAGUUUUUUACUUUGGGUAGUAGAAUGCAAAAAGAUUUUGAUUUCUGGGAAUUUGACUGUUAUAUUUAGGUUUUCUAUCAUGCUGGCAUAUAACCCUUGCAUUUACAAAUUGGUAAUCGGAUCACAAUAUUGUAUUUAGUUAAGAACCUGAAAUUUGUUAUUUGGUUCUCCUAGUGAUAAUAUUAAUAAACUUUAGUUCUA